CUCUGCCAAGAAUGCAAGCUGCUUGACAUCGACGGUCUCUUCGGCAAAGCCUCUAAAGACUUCAAGAGAGCCAGAAAAGGUCUAAUCAAGCGCCCUUCAAAACUUUACCACGGGCGCGACGCCGGUCCUUUAUUUUACGGAGAUGCCUUCUUUGCGCAUUCUUUCGGGAGUCGCCUAUCGGCGAGGGCAACCUGCCCUUUAUGCCGCUUCUUUUGGUCAAUGAGGAUCCAACCGGAUAAGCGUCAUGCAAAAUACAAGCUUCUUGGGUUUUGCAGCAGCGAGAGUUGGAUAUUUGGCCUCUCAAAAUUGAAGAAGAGUCCUGCUUGGCACAAUGCACGAGAUACGGUAUGGAUGGGUGUAGUGCCAGAUGUUCCGUCUAUACCAAUGUCGGGUCAUGGCGAUAAUUGGCUGGAUAAAGACAUCCCAGCUGUUGGACCAAUUUACCUUUUGCAGCCUGGCAAUACCAAGGAGGAUAUUCCCGCGUUAUUAGAAGCGAGGCAUCUCAGUGAAACAGCCGAUUUCACUGUUUUACAAGAGUGGUUCUCAUUCUGCCAAAAAUGGCACUUGAACUCCUGCAGUCGACCGAAUAAGGGCGAUACCCUUACUCGAGGAUUUCGUGUAAUUGACUGCGAGAAGGAUCCGCCAGCAGUGGUGGAAAUGCCCUGGGGAGUUGAAUAUGCCGCGCUCAGUUAUGUCUGGGGUCAACGACCGGAAGACUUGGUUGACUGGCCCGCAACAGUUCUUGAUGCUGUUGCGGUAUCUCGUAAAUUGGGAUUGCGAUACUUGUGGGUUGAUCGAUUAUGCAUCAACCAGUCUGAUCCUGUGGAAAAGGACUAUCUCAUAACCCGAAUGACUACGAUUUACGAAUAUGCCGAACUCACUAUUGUAUCAGCCUCUGGGUCUGGGGCCAGCGAUGGUCUCCCUGGGAUACGAUCGAUGCCUCGGAAAAGUCAACCCAAGAUUCUACUAGAAAGUGGGAGUCUUUUAGUUUCUGCACUCCAAGAUCCCCGCCAAGAGAUUCUGGCAUCCGAUUAUUGGACGAGAGGAUGGACAUACCAGGAAGGUGUCUUGUCGAACCGACGUCUAGUAUUUACUGACCACCAGGCGUAUUGGGAAUGUCGUUGCAUGGCUACCCAGGAGAGCCUUCAGAUGCCUUUAGACUUGGUUCACAAAAAUCACAUUUUCGCGGAGAAUGCCACCGGUUCGCGAAGGAGAGAGAUGCCGCCUCAGAUACCCAAUGGACAACAUAUGGAGGACUAUAUUUUGGGAGGAAUCUUCAAGAGUGAGACGUCUGGCGGAGAUUUAGAGAUUGGCAAUCAUCAUCGAGACGUUAUACAAACCGAUGAAUACCGGCUGGAAUAUGGGUUUCCUGCUCCGGACGAAGCAUCUAUUGGAUCGCAACUACGAGCCCUGGAUGAUCACAUCCGUGCCUUUUCCGCGAGAAAGUUGAGUCAUGGCGGAGAUUCACUCAAAGCAUUUCUUGGCAUCGCCGGCAUGUACAGAGACAAGAGACUGUGUAUAUACCUUGGCAUUCCAAUGUGGAUGGACGACAUACUAUGUGACUUGACGGGUUCUUAUAUCACGUUUGCCCUUUCGGUCUGUUCAUGGUACCAUCGCAGCGGCACAGAGCAUCAAAUGUUCAUUGCCGAAGAGUGUCCUCGCAGAACGCAUCUGCCAUCCUGGACAUGGGCAGGGUGGCAAGGGACGGUAUCAUGGCGAGCUCCGCCUUCAGACGAGCACAGCGUCUUCAUGAGCGAUCUUAUCACAGCAGAGUCACUGCAGAUUCACCUGGUAUGGGCGGCAGAUCUGUAUCUAAGAUCGGCAUGCGAGCCGGUGUGCUUACGGCUGCUUAAUCUGUAUUCCACGGAGGUGUUGGAGGCGGAAACCCCUACGCUACUUGAAGUACGGAACCCUCUGGUAUUGAAGUAUACGGUGAGGCAUGAAGCCGAACGACAAGAAUGGGAUAAGAAGUGGUACCGCAUCGCCGGCAGGCUUGCUUGUGUCAGCAUGUCCAUUUCAAUAACAGAAGAAGAUUGGACUCGAAAGCACGAUACUGGGGAGCUCAUCAGCGUGCUCAUUUUUGCAGCUCAACGGCCCCGUGCAGAGCAUGGCAGGGCAAGGUUUUUGACGCUGCGGAGGGUUGAGUCUGAUUCGUUUGAGACGCGGUGGGAGAGAGUUGGGACCCUGCAGUUAACGAUUCCGGAGGUCGACUUGGAUAGGUGUUUUACGAAUGAGGAGUUUCUGAGGAGGAUUCCUGUGAGAGAGUGGAGAGGUGCAAUUGUCAUC